AUGGAUACCGUGAUCGAGUGUCUUGUUCCAUUAAUGGUUGAUGUAUCAGGUAUGACGAAAAUAAUGAAUUCCGUACUGUACGUGAAUGAGAUAAGAGCCUUGCUCGAUCGAAUAAGAGAUGAUUUUUAUUCGUUAAGAAAUUCCAAUGACAUAAAGAUGCUUGAAAAAUAUGCGGAUAGUGGCAAAAGAUCCUCGACCAUUUAUGUUUGUGUGAUGUAUAUAUCAACAGUAGCAUUUUUGUUAAUGCCUCUCCAACCGUUAAUCCUUCAAGUCACCAACGUCACUCGACCUAUGUUGCACAGAGUCGAAUAUUACGUCGACAUGGAUAAGUAUUAUUUUCACAUUCUGAUUCACGGAUAUUUCACCGCUAUAAUUUGCGUUACGUCCAUCGUCGCGACCGACGCAAUAUUUGUCAUAUUUAUGCGACACGCUUGCGGCCUAUUUAUUAUAACUGGCUCGCGAAUAGAACAAGCUAUACAGGAGAUAUACCUGACCGGAGAUGUCAAUCUCCCAAUUACAAAAGAUACGGCGUACCGAAAUAUGGUACAGUGUGUUCACGAUCACAGAGCAGCUAUAAGAAUAAAUUUAAACUGGUACAAUGCGUCGCCUAGAACGAAAAAACUUGUUCUUUUCAUGAUGAUGAAAACGCAGCCGCCGUGCGUAUUAACGGCUGGCGGUAUGUUCGUUUUGUGCAUGGAAACAUUCGCCACGGUAAGAUAA